GCAUAUAAGCGCUAAUGUAAACGCGUACGAAAUCAUUAACCAGGUACACUUGCACAGGGAACAUUGAAGAGCAGAAGAUAUAUUUAUGGCCUCCAAAGUCUUGCUUAUUCUUUGUCUUGUGGCUUUGUUCACACCACUCUGGAGUUUACCUUUACCUAUGCAAAAUGAUGUCAUGGACGAAAGUGGCAGUGGCGAAGAUGAAAGUGGUGGAAGUGGCAGUGACGACGGAAGUACCGAGGAGGAAAGUGUAGAAGAUGAAAGUGGAGACGACGUUGAUGAUAAUGCAAAUGACAAGGUAAUUGAGGAUGACGAAACUAGUGAAGACUCUGGAGAUGACAGCGGUGAUGGAGAUGAAGAUGAAAGUGCUGAAGAUGAUAACGGUGAUGAAAAUACCGAUGAGCCUGAUAAUGACAGCGGUGAUGGAGAUGAUGACGGCGGCGAAGAUGAUGAUGAGCCUGGUGAUGACAGCGGUGAUGGAGAUGACGAUGAGCCUGAUAAUGACAGCGGUGAUGGAGAUGAUGAUGAACCUGAUGAUGACGGUGCUGAUGGAGAUGACGAUGAAUAA